AUCCCUCACAGGGUCUAAAGGGUUUUGCACCUAUUUUUCCGACUAUUGCUCUCGAUUUUCUCUUCUUGAUAUGGCCGUGAGAGAAGCCUCUCAUGCCGGCUCGUGGUACUCUGGCAAUGGACGACAACUGGCAGCCCAGCUCGACCAGUGGUUGUCCCAAGUGCCCGAGACAAGCAUCAUUCCUGGUGUUGACAGCUUGCCCUUAGCGGGAGCCAGAGUAGUUAUAUCUCCUCACGCAGGGUACGCCUACUCGGGUCCUUGUGCAGCAUGGGCCUACAAGUGCCUCGACCUCUCCAAAGCCAAGCGUAUCUUCAUCCUCCACCCGUCUCAUCACCAUCACUUGAGCACGGCUGCGCUCCCAGUUGUGGACGCCUACGAGACACCGCUCUCCAACACUCCUCUCCCCCUCGAUCACGAGACUAUCGAUGAAUUGUCCACCCUCUCCGCGGUUGUCCAAGGUCGCACUGUCAAGUUCACCACCAUGUCUCAGCCGGUGGACGAAGCCGAACACAGCGCCGAAAUGCAGCUGCCGUACAUCCACCGACUCCUCCAAAAGCUAUACCCUGACAAGUCCGAGUCAUCAUACCCUCCUCUCGUCCCCAUCAUGGUUGGGGGAACGAACCCUGCCACCGAGGCUGCAUUGGGAAGAAUGUUGGCUCCAUACAUCGCGGAUGAAGGUAAUGCAUUCGUCAUCUCCUCGGACUUCUGCCAUUGGGGAAGUCGAUUCGGCUACACUUAUUACCUCCCUGACGCACCCAGCCCGGCCUUGUCGCCGAUGACGCUUCCCAAUGGGGUACGGGGAGAGUCUACCACGGCAAAGGAGUCGGUCAACGAAGAUGUGCACAAGAUGCCCACAUUGGGGCUGGGUCAAAAUCUCGGCUCCAGGACUCAGGUUUCAAAAGGUGGACCACAGAUAUUUGAGAGCAUCGCACACGCUGACAGAGCUUGCAUGUGUGCCAUCGCCACGGGACAACAUUCAGAAUUCCUCCGCGUGCUCAAGGAGACCGGGAACACCGUGUGUGGACGACACCCCAUAGGCGUCUUCAUGGCUGGCCUUGAAGAGGUGGAGCGACUGGAAAGGGAGAAAGGUGGCGACCCGGCGGACCGCAGACGAUUCAGGUUCGUGCGGUACGAACGCAGCAGUGAUGCCGAGACUGUCAGAGACAGCAGCGUCAGCUACGUGAGUGCUUUUGCGGUCCUCUAAAGCCGUUGCUGGUCGUUCCGACCGCAAGUCGGACAGUGCCAACACAGCCAAGAGUGAUGUGUGCCUCAAAGACGACGAUUCUCUCAAACUAGACGAGAUGGAGUCGUCCCGCGUGAGUCUCACAGAGUUCUGACACGCUUGCCUCGCGCAAGUGUUAAGCUGCUCGUGUCAGCAUCUGUUCGAGAAGACGGCUUACCCCGCUCGAAAGAGGCACAUUAUUCAGGCAUUCAGCCGGGGCCAGACAGUCAGCACGGGGUUCUGGGGCAGUUUUUCGUCCGGGGAGCCGAGAUACUUGGGGAUGAGGAUCUGACACGCCAGAGAGAGAAUACGCAAGCGCAAGGAGAGAGGCUGAAGCGUGCUGUAGAAGCCAAGGCAAUGGCCAUUUCCAAGAUUGGGCUCACGCUGGAGUGUCAGGACGAUUGUAGUCGUUUCUAGCUCUGGUUCGAUAUGCACGAUACUGGCGGCCUGAAGUGGCACAAAAUGCCUAGGUGAAGGCGUAGCGUGUAUUCGUCGAGAGAGUUGUAAACACAGCGUAUCCUCAUACCAAGCGGAAGACGGAUACCAAGUCCGAGACCAGGGCCAUCCUUGCUCGCCGAUUGACGCUUUCGCUGUUCCGGGGGCCAAGCUCCAGAAAGGGAAGUAUCAAGAAGAUGGAGAUCGACGUCAUUGCCUAGGCACAACCAACGUAGGGGGUACCAUUGCUGUCAAAAUCCCCAACUAGAUCUUGGUAGGCAGGGAAGUACCGGGGACCGGAAUAUAUCCUUCGCACUACCUACCGAGCUACGCACGCAUACCUGGGCAGGCAAGAGGCUAGGAAGGGUACGAAGGACGUAAUACCUAUGUAGCUACGAGAUGUGGAAGUUCGUUAUGUAGGGCUGGUGGUCGAAGUGGGGGUAAAUGAAUGUCAGGGACUGAACCCCAGCGU